AUGACUUCCUUCGGAAUUAUUUUGAUGGCAGGGGCGUUGGAAAAUUCUAUUUGUAGGUCUAUAUGCGGGGUUUUUUCUAUUAGCUUCACGAAGUUCAUCCAAGACGAAGUGUUAUUGGACACAAUAAAGGCAUCGCCGCCAUACCAAGAGCUGAAAAAGGAGCGUGAGGAGUAUUACGUGCUGUUGGGGGCUUCACAUAAGCUUAAAAAAGAACAUAUUGUCACUCUCAACCGAUGGAGGGAAUUUAAAAGAAAGGAUACGGUCAUUCCUCUUGCAAGGGCACAAAUAAACAAAGCCUACUCUCAGAUACUGAGGGUAGAGAGGUGGAAAGCAGAAGAAAAGGCAAGGCGAGAACGACAAGAACUGUUAUUUACCAUUCACACUAGGACUGAUGAUGCGGUGCUGAAGGGAAGGGUUCGCGUGAAUAAAAUGAGGCUGAAUGAUUUUCUUACGAUGGAAUUGGACGGGAGGGGCGCUUUGGACGCCAAUCGGGAUGUCUUGUUGGAGGAGGUUUUCAAGGACCCCAAGAAAUAUAUCCGUGAUGCGGGAGUAUUGAACGAAAUGCAGGCAUCGGAUCGUUACAAGAGGAUGGAGAGGGCUGCGAGGGAUGAAAUGGACAUGGCGGAGGAUGCAGACAAGCUUUACAAUAAGGGCAUGUACGAUCUACUGAGGUCCCUGGCUCAGCCGGCCACCUCAACGUGGUGCCAGGGACUAGUACUCUUUACUAGAGAGGAAGCCAAGCGCCUGCUGUUCAUGCUUCAAACCCGAUGA